GUGAGCUUAAAACGCUACCUGUGUUUGAUGACUUUGAGCUUGAAUGGGAUUUGUUGGGAGAAGAAUGGUCUCUUUUGCCAAUCUCAAACGAGGGUCUAAGUUAUUCUCCAUUCGACCCUUAUUUUGCCUUGACGGGGGACGAUGCUACGGACUCUGGCAACAUAGAAAAUUUGGAGCCGUCUAUCGAUCCUGGGCUGCUAAACAUUAACACUAUAGCAACUGAGAAGACGCAAUCUCAGGUUCUCCAAGAAGAAAGGGGUGGGAAAAAAACGGAAACCGAGAAAGCACCUAAAGCAACUCCAAUUAAAGGCGAGUUCGCUCCAAUGGCAACCCCAAAUAAAGGAGAGGAGUUUGUUCAAUCUACCUCAACCAUAACUGCGCCAAUGGCAACCCCGAAUAGAGGGAAUGAUUUCCUGAAGACAUUUAGAAAGAAGAGCCCAAGAAAAUAUGCAGCCUUGGAGAGAAGCUGCAGGACACCAAAAUAUCAACAAGACAGGCCCUUGCUGAAAGAAGAACUGUGGGCUCUUCAACAAAUGAUUGAAUGCAUGAAAAAAGACUUAGAACAGUCGAUAAUUUUAGAAAAUUUUAUAACAGAUUAUAUAAAUAAAAACUGUAACGUAAGAGUGGAAUUCCAAACACUCUGUGAAAUUCCAGACCAUGUUCACUAA